AUGUUGCUCAUGUCGGCAACUUUAUCUACACACAUAAAAGUCAACGGAAACUUGGGGCUAUCUAUAUAUGUAAGGAAAAAGCCGGCAUCUCCGUCCCAAGUGGUUGAAACGGGCAAGAAGAUUUCACCUUUGCUUCCACCGCCGCAAGUAACCAAAACGGCCAAGAAACAGCCGACUCCGCCGGGGCUAAACAAGCGUAUAACGGUCAAAGAUGGAGGACUUAUUGUUUCAAAGUCGAGUAAGACUACCACCAAGAGUUCACUCCGUCGAACACGCUAUGGAAAUAACGCCGGCGGUUUUGGAGGUUGUGGUGGUGGUUGUGGAGGCGGCUGUUAAAAUUAUUAAAUUAUUAACUUGUGUCUUAUGCGUAGCGUAAUUUUUUAUUAUUAUAAUUGUGCCUUGCUUAUAACUUGUGAUCUUGGAAAUUUAAUGUACAAAGUUUUCUUUACAU